CUCGCUCGAUGACCAUCCACUCUGUCGAAUCUUCUUAGGUCGGACGAUCUGACGCCCAUCGCUGAUGAAUCGGUUUCCUAGUUCCUGAUUUUCAAUCUAUCUCCCACUGAAGAUCUUUCAGGUUUUUGGUCGAUAGCGAAACUGAGGGCGCGGAGAUUUUCACUGAAGACAACUUGAGCACGAUCAAUCACAAUCGCUAGACCUGUCAGUGUCAGAAAGUCACCGAAAGUCAGGUAAGAGUUCAUUUACACAUAAGGCGAAGAGCACGAAGAAGGCGUAUCUUCCUCUUCUUCUUCUGGAUUUUCUAACUCGGGUUGAAGUCAUGAAGGUUUGCCUGUGACUGACCGAACUUAAAGGUCUAAAAAAUAAUGGGGACAGAGAACCCAGGUUAUCCAAGACCUACUGCUUCACCAUUUGCAUCUGCUCCCCCUUCAGUGAUGCCACAACAAUCAGGUGGACCUGGUGGUGGAUCAGAGACCACUAGCUUUACGCCAUUUCCGUCAUCCAUCCCCCAGAAUAUAAGGCCUCAAGCUUCUGGACCUCCUUUGGGCCCACAGAUUGGUGGAAUGAGGCCUGUCCCACCAUUUGCGGCUCCAAAUAUCAUGCCUUCCCCGGCUUCGGUGCCUCCUUUUGGAUCCCAGAUGUCAGUGACCAGACCACCACCACCAUCCAUGUCGUCUCCCCCGACAGCAUAUGCUCCGCCUGUCGCUGGCCCUUUUCAGCGAGUACCAACCCCUCCAUUCCCGACAACCCAAAUUCCUCCGCCAGUUCCACCAGUUGGUCGACCGCCAACUCAAGCUCUUCCCGGUCAAAUGUCACCGCCUCCUGUUUCUUUUCAUCCGCAGCAACAAGUGCCUCCUGUACCAAUGGGAUCUUCCCCACAAAGUAUUACUUCUGGGCCACCUGGUGCAAAUCCUGCUCAAACUGCUGCAGAUUUGCAGUCUUUUGCUCCUAGACCUGGUUUCCAGCAGUCUUUUCCUUCGGUCAGUUCUUAUUCUGGUGGUGCUAGUAUACAGCCAUCUGCCCCUUUCCGUUUCAGCAAUGCAGUUCCGCCGGCUCCUCCAACGACCUUCCCUUCUCCUGCAUCACAGGGAACUGUUUUAGCACCUCCAACUACCGUGUCCUCAUAUCCGCCACAUCAAGGAGGCUUUGCACAGCCCCCAACUCUAGUUGCGCAACAGAACAUACACCCUGGUUAUGCACCCCCUAUUAGUAAUGCUCAAGGCUUGGUAGAAGAUUUUAGCUCCCUGUCUCUUGCAUCGGUUCCUGGAUCCCUUGAGCCAGGGCUUGAUCACAAGUCAUUUCCCAGGCCUUUGGACGGAGAUGUGGAACCAAUCUCGUUUGCUGAAAUGUAUCCCAUGAACUGCCCUUCUAGAUAUCUGCGUCUUACUACCAAUGCUAUACCAAAUUCCCAAUCUUUGGCUUCGAGGUGGCAUUUAACUCUUGGAGCUGUAGUUUGUCCGCUUGCAGAGACUCCUGUAGGGGAGGAGGAGGUACCACUUCUUGAUUUUGGUUCAAUGGGCAUCAUCCGCUGCAGAAGAUGUCGUACCUAUGUGAAUCCUUAUGUGACUUUUACUGAUUCUGGACGAAAGUGGCGCUGUAAUAUUUGUGCAUUGCUAAAUGACGUGCCGGGUGAAUACUUUUCACAUUUGGAUGGCUCUGGCGGAAGAAUGGAUUUGAAUCACCGGCCUGAGCUUACAACGGGUAGUGUCGAGUUUAUAGCUCCAACUGAAUAUAUGGUGCGGCCUCCAAUGCCACCAAUAUACUUCUUCCUCAUUGACGUUUCGAUUUCGGCUAGUAGAAGUGGAAUGCUUGAGGUUGUGGCUGAAACAAUUAAGUCUUGUCUGGAUAAGCUGCCUGGUUACCCCAGAACUCAAAUUGGAUUUAUUACUUAUGACAGUACGAUACACUUUUAUAACAUGAAGUGUUCUCUGAGCCAGCCUCAAAUGAUGGUGGUUUCUGAUCUAGAUGAUAUAUUUGUCCCAUUACCGGAUGAUCUCCUUGUCAAUCUAUCUGAAUCAAAAAGUGUGGUGGAAGCCUUUUUGGAUAGUCUGCCGGUGAUGUUCCAGGAUAAUGUUAACAUGGAAUCAGCUUUUGGUCCUGCCCUCAAAGCAGCAUUUAUGGUUAUGAACCAACUUGGGGGGAAAUUGCUAAUAUUCCAGAACACAUUGCCUUCUCUCGGUGUUGGACGUUUGAAGCUACGAGGAGAUGAUCCUCGUGUUUAUGGAACAGACAAGGAGUAUUCUUUAAGAAUACCAGAAGAUCCCUUCUAUAAGCAAAUGGCUGCUGAUUGUACUAAAUUCCAGAUUGGAGUGAAUGUCUACGCGUUCAGUGAUAAGUACACUGAUAUUGCCUCCUUAGGGACCCUGGCGAAAUACACUGGAGGUCAGGUGUAUUAUUAUCCAGGUUUCCAAUCAUCAGUACAUGGAGAUAAGUUGCGACAUGAGUUGGCCAGAGACCUUACGAGGGAAACUGCCUGGGAGGCAGUUAUGCGUAUAAGAUGUGGAAAAGGGAUCCGAUUCACAACUUACCACGGGAACUUCAUGCUAAGGUCUACUGAUCUCCUUGCCCUUCCUGCUGUUGAUUGCGACAAAGCAUAUGCAAUGCAGCUAUCUCUCGAAGAGACAUUGCUGACAACUCAGACUGUCUAUUUCCAAGUCGCGUUGCUAUAUACGGCAUCUUGUGGAGAGAGGCGCAUCAGAGUACACACAGCUGCUGCACCGGUGGUGGCUGAUCUUGGAGAGAUGUAUCGACAAGCAGACACUGGCUCCAUUGUCUCUGUGUUUACUAGAUUAGCAAUCGAGAAAACGUUAUCCUCAAAACUGGACGAUGCACGGAAUGCGGUGCAACAGAGGGUUGUUAAAGCCCUCAGAGAAUAUCGUAAUCUUCAUGCAGUGCAGCAUCGAUUGGGGUCUAGAUUAAUAUAUCCUGAAUCCUUGAAAUUCUUGCCUUUGUAUGCUAUGGCGCUUUGCAAGUCAACUCCUCUCCAAGCUGCGCAAGUCGACGCCUCUCUUGAUGAGCGCAGUGCGGCAGGCUUCACUAUGAUGGCGCUGCCAGUUAAAAAGUUACUGAAGCUUUUGUAUCCUAAUUUAUUCCGGGUUGAUGAGUGGCUCUUAAAGCCAUCUGUUGGCCAAGAUGACGUUGAGGAUGUAUUGAAGAAGAGGUUACCUCUCGCUGCAGAGAGUUUGGAUUCGAGGGGCCUUUACAUUUAUGAUGAUGGUUUCCGCUUCGUCUUAUGGUUUGGUAGAAUGCUUUCGCCUGACGUCUCCAAAAAUCUUCUUGGGGCCGACUUUGCAGCAGAGCUGUCGAGGGUGAUGAACCUGCAAGAGCAAGAGAACGGAAUGUCGAAGAAGCUAAUGAGGUUGAUCAAGAAGAUGAGGGAAAGCGACCCUUCGUAUCAUCAAAUGUGCCAUCUGGUGAGACAAGGAGAGCAACCCCGAGAAGGGUUCCUUCUCCUCAGAAAUCUCAUCGAGGAUCCGAUGGGCGGUUCCACUGGUUACGUCGACUGGAUCAUGCAACUUCACCGCCAUGUCCAACAGAAUUCCUGAAUUAGCUUUUACAGGAACUCCGUCAUGAGUAUAUGUGCAUUGCGUUCGGGCAAAAAGGGGACCCUUGUAAGCAAAAUACGACCACUGAAGAAAAACCCUACCUUGAGCUCUACGUCUUGUUCUUGGGUCGUUGCAAGUACAGAUUUUUAUUACGCUUGACGAUUCAUUGUGGCGAUUCUGUGUUUUUUUUUUUGUUUGGGGAUCAGGAUUAGGGUUCUCUGUUCUGUCUUCACAGAAUUUUAAAUGUGUCUGCCCACCAAACUCUCAUAUCUUCCAGCUUUUUGUUUUUGUCCAAACUUAGAUUCAGAUUCGUUUUA